AAAUUAAGAAUAUUUUAUAGAAAUCAUUUUUCAUUUAUUUCUAUAUUUUACCAUUAAAAACGAUGUUAUUCCUAAUACCUACAUAUUGUACAGGAAAUGUAAUUUUUUGACAAUCGAAAAAAUGGCGGAAACUGAUACGUGAGCUUCAAUUUUAAUAAUAUAAAUAAUAUACGAGUUCUUUAUCUAGUUAGUAUAGAAGUCUGUGCGUUGACGCAGCUAAUGUUUUUUACGCGAAAACCAUGGCGUCCGUAACUACGGAUAUUUUGUGUUUGCGUUGUACAUAAACGUCAAUUCAUUUUAUAAAAUAUUCGAAUAAUAUUCGUGGAAAAAAUUGUGUAAUUAACAAAUACAUACCUAAUAAAGAACAUUAUGUUUCCGAGGAAUAAGCUAGUUGUACUCGAACGUUCCCAAUUGGAAGAGUAUAAACGUAAAUCAUUAGUUGGACAUUGGGUGUUGGUUAAAGAACCGUGCGAAGAUUUACAAAAAGAAAAGGAUAAAUCUUUGAAACAGGGUCGCAGAUACAGUGGUGCUAGUAACGUUAGCACGAGAUUCACGGCAGAGAACGUGAUGGUCAGGCCGGGCUCGGCGGAAGGUUUCCUGGACGUUUCGGGUGGCGGAUACUUGCACUCAGAAGGCGAACGUUUCGAUUGUGACCCAUUUGACAGGGUGAACACCGUGAACGCGGACGACAAUCUACUGCGAUUGGAGUCAUUCCACACGUUCACGUCCGUUCAGCGGCUGAGCUUGCGACGUAACCGUUUGAAGUCCGUCAGACCUAUUGAUGGUGAUUUGGCAGAAACAUUAAUCCGUCUAGACGUUUCAGAAAACCAACUGAAUCCAGACGACAUUUACCGCUUGUCCUUGCAGUCAAAACUAGAACAACUUUAUAUGUUGGCCAAUAAUCUGACGGUUAUCCCCGAGAGUUUAUCAAAUUGCCAUUGUUUCUUGUCGCUUAAACUACUAGAUUUGAGUGACAAUUACUUGUCAUGUCCCAGGACAUUCUAUAUGUUGUCGACAAUGCACAAUUUGCAAGUAUUGAAUUUAAGCAACAACCGAAUAUCGUGUAUACCUUAUUUGAUAACGAAACAGGAAACUGAUUGUACAAAUAGUGAAAAUCAAACAGAAACUUUCCAGGACAAUGAGGAUAUGGAAAACGACAAAAAUUAUGAUACAAAAGAGGUCGUGUAUCAUGUAUAUCAUAUUCCAUUUGCCAAUUUAAAUACAAUAAAUUUAUCAAGUAAUUUGAUAGCUCACAAUUCUUCGGUGCUGCCGUUGAUUUGUUGGCCAUCAUUGAAGAAUAUUAUAUUAACGGCAAAUACCAUUUGUUUAAAUAAACAUUUGAUAGAAUUCAAAAAAUUGAUAUUCACCUUAAGUUUGUUCAAUAUUAAAACAAAACGAUAG